CGACAAAAACCACCCAUCUGCCUGCGUACUCGUCUCGUCUCUUUACUCUUAUUAGUAUCUUUCCCUCUCAAGCUUUCAUUCGGUCAAAUUGUGCGAUUGGUUGGUCAUCGUUGUGGGUGACAGCUAACUCUGCCUAUAAAGCUCGGUUUCACACUUGAUUUUUUUCCUUUGUUCACGGGUUCAAGCUUCCUUGCUUUGUUUUUGUCGGGUAUUUUGAGUUGGGUUUUUUCUACUUUGUAUAAUCUUUGGCAGCUGAAGGCUGGUGAGAAAGAGUGAGCAACUUGAAGCUUGAGCUUUGAGGUUUUUGUUCAUGGGUUCGUGCUUUAGUGUGAGAAUCAAAGCUGAGAGUCCUCUUCAUCAUGAUCCAAAAUCUGGCAGCAAAGGUGGAUAUGAUGCGAGUGGAACUAGCAGCACAGUGCCUUCAACUCCUCGGACUGAGGGCGAGAUCUUGCAGUCUUCCAAUUUGAAGAGCUUUAGCUUUGGUGAACUAAAGGCAGCCACCAGGAACUUCCGCCCCGAUAGCGUGCUGGGUGAAGGAGGAUUUGGCUGUGUCUACAAAGGAUGGAUUGAUGAACAUUCACUAACACCUGCCAGGCCUGGAACUGGCAUGGUUAUUGCUGUGAAGAGGCUUAACCAAGAGAGUUUCCAGGGUCACCAGGAAUGGUUGACCGAAAUCAACUUUCUCGGGCAGCUUUAUCAUCCAAAUCUUGUGAAAUUGAUUGGAUACUGCUUAGAGGAUGACCAUCGCCUUCUUGUGUACGAGUUUAUGCCAAAGGGCAGCUUGGAGAAUCAUUUAUUUAGAAGGGCUUCUUAUGUUCAACCACUCUCUUGGAACCUUCGAAUCAAGAUUGCUCUUGAUGCUGCUAAGGGUCUGGCAUUUCUUCAUAGUGAUAAGGCCAAAGUGAUAUAUCGAGACCUUAAGGCUUCCAAUAUCCUGCUUGAUUCAAACUAUAAUGCCAAACUCUCUGAUUUUGGGUUGGCCAAGGACGGGCCAACAGGUAGUAAAAGCCACGUUUCAACUCGAGUAAUGGGUACUUAUGGGUAUGCAGCACCUGAAUAUAUGGCUACAGGUCAUCUAACUAAGAAGAGCGACAUAUACAGUUUCGGCGUUGUGCUUCUUGAAAUUUUAUCUGGCAGGCGAGCUAUAGACAAAAGCAAACCAUCAAGGGAACAAAAUCUAGUUGACUGGGCAAGGCCUUAUCUUGGCAGCAAACGCAAAGUUUUCCAAGUAAUGGACGCCCGACUAGAAGGCCAGUAUUCACUGAAAGAUGCACUAAAAGCAGCUAAUCUUGCAGUACAAUGCCUAUCGACGGAGCCAAGGUUUAGACCAAAGGUGGAAGAAUUGGUAAAAGCAUUGGAACUAUUGCUCGAAUCCAAUGACAAUGAGGAAUCUAGAGGUUCUCAAAGUGAAAAACCCCGAAAACGCUAUCGAAGUUCAAGCAACGAUCCUAAAAAUCGUAGAAGUACCAAAGAAAUUUCUGCUGGAAAAGCUGCCUCUAAUCCAAAGCCAACCGCUUCUCCUCUGCGUGCUUAGAAGAGUGAAAUAAAUGCUUUGCUACUCACAACUAUCCAAAGGAAAUUAUGAAUUUCAUUGUAUGAGUAUAUAUAGUUUGUUAACAUAAUGAGUCUGCUAUUGUACAGUUCUUCAUUUCCAUGACAUCUAAAUUUGACAUUUCUUUGCGGUGUUC